AUGGUUGAGGGCCCAGGCUGUAAACUUAAAGGAGAGAAAAUAAAAUCCAAACUAAUGAACCAGGCAGUAAAAUCGGUGUCUGGAAAUGCUGUGGACAGGGAGAAAAAGCCAAAGAAAGGCAUCACAGUCUCACAGUUUGAUGUGCUCAUAGGAAAAACACUGACUAAAGUUCAGACACUUGGGAAGGAGCUAUUUAUGUACUUCGGAGAUAUAUGUUUAAGGGUUCAUUUUCUGAUGGCAGGGUCAUUCCGAGUAAAUGGACAGGCCCUGGACAAAGACUAUGGGAAAUUGACAGAGACGCCUUCCUUACAGGUGGACUUUUCCACAGACGUACUGACUUUUUACAAGUCUGCAGUACAAAUUAGAGAGUCAGAGUCCUGUAGCACCAGGUAUGAUGAUCUUCAUGACCUUGACAUUUGCUCUCCAGUGUUUAACCACCAGAGGGCCGUUACCUUGGUGAUGGAGCAAUGUGAUCGUCAGGUGUGUGAUGUACUGCUGGAUCAGACGAUUCUCCCAGGGGUCGGAAAUAUCAUUAAAAAUGAGGCUUUAUUUGACAGUGGCAUCAAACCAAGUUCAAAGGUCCAGGAACUUUCAAAAGAGCUUAUUUCACAUCUUGUAAAAAUGACAAGAGAUUUUUCACUCAUUUUUUACAAGUGUAGAAAAACAGGAACCAAUUUGAACCAAUAUAUGAAGAUAUACAACAAACGAAAGUGUUGCCAGUGUGAGGGGAAAGUAACAAUAACUCGUACCGGAGAAGACAGUGAAAGAAUGACCCACUAUUGUCCAAACUGUCAGACAAACACAUUGAAGUCAACUGUCAAGAUUCAUCCAUGUAAAAAUAGUCUGCUGGGAUGGGUUCAGGCAGCCAAUCAGAAAGCAGAAGAAGGAAAAUCAGCCAAUCAGAAACCAGAGGAGGAGUGGACCUGCCAGGUUUGCACACUGAUAAACAAAGGGACUCUUCUCAGCUGUGAGGUUUGUCAAGCAGAAAGGAGGUCUAAUAUUUCUGAUACUGUAGUGACAGAUUUAAAAAGGAAAUUAUCAACAGAUUCUGAUGAACAGAGCAAGAAAAGAAUAAAAAGAAGGGAGGAAACAUGUAGAACAAUGACUCUGACCAACAAUAAAGUGUGGAAUCCUAAGCAACAUCAAGAGAGCAAGCACUCUCAAGCACAAAGAAAAGACUCGAACUCCUUUUCCCAUCUUGAUCCUGUAGCCUCAGAAAAAUUAAAAGCAAUAAAUGGAAGUAAAUUGGAGCAUUUGCAAACUGUGAAAAAUUCUGUAUCUGGUAACAAACUUUUUAAUGUAAAUAGUAAUGCAACAGACAUUAAAGUUUCAGUUCAACAGAGACCAUCAUCACAGGCACUGGGAUCGGUAACCAGUAAAAUCCCAGCAGGUCAGAACACCAGUAAAAUCCCUCUUUGUCUAGGUCACAAUAAACCAUGCUCCAUGACACAAACUAGGAAGAAGGGGGAUAACUUCCUUCGAUGGUUCUUUACAUGUGGAGUUUAUCCAAGGUCGAAACAGUGCAAGUUCUUUAAGUGGGCUGAUGAGAGCUUUCCAAUCUGUCCUACCCAUGGUAAACCAGCCGCAUUCAGAACUGUGUUGAAAGAGGGACCGAACAAUGGGAAAAAAUUCUUUGCUUGUCCACUUCCGAAACAGAAGCAGUGCGGAUUCUUUGAGUGGGCAGAAGGUUUCUAAUAACAGAAUACUUUGUGUGAUAAUUGUGACAGCAUAAGUAUAUCGCUUGCCACUUGGUGUA